AUGGGCUCUGAGCAGUUGCGGUCCCAGGAGGCGGCGGGGCCGCGCGACGUCUACCGGCGCUUGCGGGAGCUGUCACACCGCUGGCUGCAGCCCGAGGUGCGCACCAAAGAGCAGAUCAUGGAGCUCCUCGUCCUCGAGCAGUUCCUCAGCAUCCUCCCCGAGGAGAUCCAGAGCUGGGUCUGGGUCCGGCACCCCGAGUCGUGCGCCCAAGCCGUGGCGCUGGCCGAGAGUUUCCAGCUGGGACAGCGAGAGGCCGGGAUCUGGGAGCAGCAGGUGACGGUGCGCGUGAAGGUGGAAGAGGUGACCCCGGAGGACAUGGAGAGCCCCGAAAACUUGUGGGAGUCUCAGAGCCCCCCGUCAGAGCCGCCCCAGCUCAUCUCUGAUGACGAUGCCCAGGAGGAAGUGGCACGGAGCAAGUUCAAGUUUCCCCGUGUCCCUGAGGAUGAGACGCAGUGCCUGGAAGAAACAGGUCCCGGGAUGGGGAGCAGAGGGGAAGACCAGUACAUUUUGCAAAGACAAGACACCCCACAUCUACCCAGGGGCCUCCAGGGUGGUUCUGGUGAGAUCCUGGUCCGGAGCCCCAUGCAAAGAGACAUCUACAGGAGGCAGAAAGGGAUCCCACGGGAUCCCUUGGUCUUCCCGCAAGCCCCUGCCCAAGGGCUGCUGGGGACUGCGAGGGCCAUCAAGAGCCAGGAGAGCGGUGCCCACCGGCCAGAGAAGCCCCACCGCUGCCGCGACUGCGGGGAGCGUUUCUGGGUGAAGCACGAGUUGGCGGCACACGGGAAGGUGCACGAGAAGGAGCGUCCCUACCCUUGCGCCGAGUGCGGGAAGAGCUUCAACCGGCUGACCCACCUCAAGACCCACCAGCGGACCCACACUGGGGUGAAGCCCUACUCGUGCGGCGAGUGCGGCAAGAGCUUUGGGCACCUCUCAACGCUCAUCACCCACCAGCGCCUGCACACGGGUGAGCGGCCCUACUCCUGUGGCGCCUGCGCCAAGACCUUCACCAACCCCUCGGACCUCAACAAGCACCAGCGGUCGCACACGGGCGAGCGGCCCUACCCCUGCGCCGAGUGCGGCAAGAGCUUCAGCCAGCAGGCCGACCUCACCAUGCACCAGCGGAGCCCCUGCGGCGAGUGCGGCAAGAGCUUCAAGUACCUGGCGGACCUCACGGUGCACGAGCGGUCGCACACGGGCGAGCGGCCCUUCCCCUGCCCUCAGUGCGGCAAGAGCUUCAGCAACAAGUCCUCCCUCGCGCGGCACACGCGGAUCCACGCCAGGGCCGCGGCCAGGAAUAAGUGACAAGCAGCCGGCUCCGGGUGCCUGCACCUACCGACGACGGAGAGGAAGAGGAGGGCGAAGCUGCUUCAUCCCUGCUCUCUCCACCUGUGCCACUUCCUCAGGCGCCGCGGGCUCUCCAGCGGAGAAGCAGAGGAUGACGAUGGGCUCUUCGCUCGAACGCGAGGACUCAGCGCCUGGGGUGGUCCCGCGCCCGCUCAGCCAGCAGCGGCGCAACCCGUCCCUCCGUCUGUCUGCUCCCGGUUUUCGUGCCAGCCGUGCGUGAGCUGGUUCUGCCAUAUUUCUUUUUCUGGACGUUCUCUCCAUGGGAUGUCUCUGAGCCAGGGCAUUACGGGAGCUGGGAGCCCAAAGGAGGUCUCACGUAGGUUGGGAUGAAGAUGAGUUGAUGAGCAACAUCUCCCCGCCACCGAGGUCCUGCAAGCCCAGCAGGUCCGAUCUCUCCAAGGACGUACCUGGCGUUCCUCGGCCAUUCCCUCAACCGUCCCCUCUGGGCACGUGGUUCUCCUCCAGCUGAAAGAUUUCCCCCACUGCUGCCCCCAGCUUCUGCCCUGUCACUGUGCCCGAACCCUGCUGCCCGGAUGUCCCAUCAUCCACUUGCCUGGGCAGCCCGUCCCACCAAAGUACGCGUUUCCAUUUGCAACUCGCUUUUUAUUCCUUUUGGUAUUUAUUCAUCGCUCCUUUGGCUUUCCUCGCUCGCCACCCGCUUUCCUCCGGGCCAGACCCUCUUUGGUUCAAGCAAAAGGACUGGGACUCCCGUCCCAUCAUGCUGGUAGCAACCUCCCUGCACGCAGGGCCUUAAAUUUUGAAGACUGACCUACCUCAUCUGCUGCUUCUCUGAAUUUCUAGGACUUUAUUUGAAUGCCUGGUCACUUGAAUAGCGCUUUUUAGCGGUUACUGCUUUGUAUUCCUACUUGCGUGCUCCCUGUUUGUGCAGAAAUGUCCCCCCUGCUGCCCUCCAUGGGUCUCUGUUGCCGUCCGCCCUGUGUUGGGUUUGUUCCUUGCUUUCUGCCGUCCUGCUGCCCCCAUUACUGUAACGAUGUUUUUAGCAAUCUCCGUGCGCGUCCUUUGUUUUCUGUGUUGCAGGGGAGCACGGAAAGGGGGUGAGAGCAGGUCUGGGGAGCAACUCCUCACGGUGGGAGCGGGAACAACCAGAAAUAGGGUUUUUGAGGCAGAUGAGGACGAGAGGCCAUG